AUGACGCUGCUCUCCUGGCAGAGGCCGUGGAAACGUUCCACUGCCCCACUGCACUCUGGGACGUUGGAGAACAGCAGACAACCACCACACCCCCAUCCUCCCCCCUCCACACUCAGACCGCAGACAACCACCAAUAACCCCAUCCUCCACCCUCCACACUCAGAACCAGCAGACACCACACCUCCCCCAUCCUCCCACCCUCCACACUCAGAACCAGCAGACACCAACCACCCCACCCUCACCCCUCCCACACUCAGAACCAGCAGAAACACCACCUACCCCCAUCCUCCAUCCUCCACACUCAGAUACCAGCAGACAACCACCACCUACCCCCUCCAUCACUCCCACUCCUCCACAUCACUCAGACCAGCAGAACCACCAGCCUACCCCCCAUCCUCCCCACCCUCCCACACUCAGAAACAGCAACCAGCAGACAACACACACUACCCCCAUCCUCCCACCUCCCACACUGCAGAACAGCAGACAACCACCACCUACCCCCAUCCUCCCACCCUCCCACACUCAGAAAUCAGCCAGAACACCACCACUACCCCAUCCUCCCACCCACCUCCCCACUCAGAACCAGCAGACAAACCACCACCCUACCCCCAUCCUCCACCUCCACAACUCAGAACCAGCAGACAACCACCGCCUACCCCCAUCCUCCAACCUCCCGACACUCAGAACCAGCAGACAACCACCACCUACCCCCAUCCUCCCACCCUCCCACACUCAGAACCAGCAGACAACCACCACCUACCCCAUCCUCCCACCUCCCACACUCAGAACCAGCAGACAACCACCACCUACCCCAUCCUUCCAACCUCCCCACACUCAGAACCAGCAGACAACCACCACUACCCCCAAGCCUCCCACCCUCCCACACUCAGAACCAGCAGACAACCACCGGCCUACCCCCAUCCUCCCACCUCCACCACUCAGAACCAGCAGACAAAACCACCACCUACCCCACUCCAUCCUCCACCCUCCCAACUCAAACCAGCAGACAACCACCACCUACCCCCAUCCUCCCACCCUCCCACACUCAGAACCAGCAGACAACCACCACCUACCCCAUCCUCCACCCUCCCACACGCAGAACCAGCAGAACAACCACCACCUACCCCAUCCUAUCCCUACCCUCCCACCUCAGAACCAGCAGACAACCACCACCUACCCCUCCUUCCCACCCUCCCAUCACUCAGAACCAGCAGCAACCACCACCUACCCCCAUCCUCCCACCUCCCACACUCAGACCAGCAGACACCACCACCACCUAACCCCCAUCCUCCCACCCUCCCACCCACACCAGCACAGACAACCACCACUACCCCCAUCCUCCCACCCUCCCACACUCAAGAACCACAGAACACCACCACCUACACCCAUCCUCCCACCCUCCCACACUCAGAACCCCAGCAGACAACCACCACCUACCCCCCAUCCUCCCACCCUCCCACACUCAGAACCAGCAGACAACCACCGCCUACCCCCCAUCCUCCCACCUCUACACUCAGAACCAGCAGACAACACCACCUACCCCAUCCUCCCACCCUCCCACACUCAGAACCAGCGGACAACACCACCUACCACCCCCCAUCUCCCACCCUCCCACACUCAGGAACCAGCAGACAACCACCACCUACCCCCCAUCCUCCCCAACCUCCACACUCAGAACCAGCAGACAACCACCACCUACCCCCCAUCCUCCCACCCUCCCACACUCAGAACCAGCAGACAACCACCACCACCCCCAAUCCUCCCACCCUCCCAACUCAGAACCAGCAGACAACCACCACCCUACCCCCAUCCUCCCCACCUCCCACACUCAGAACCAGCAGACAACCACCACCAUACCCCCAUCCUCCCACCCUCCCACACUCACAACCAGCAGACACACCACACCUACUCCCCAUCCUCCAACCCUCCCACACUCAGAACCAGCAGACAACCACCAGCCUAUCUCCCUCCCACCAACACAUUCAGAACCAGCAGACAACCACCACCUACCCCCAUCCUCCCACCUCCCCACACUCAGAACCAGCAGACAACACACGCCUACCCCCCAUCCCUCCACACUCCCACACUCAGAACCAGCAGACAACGCACCACCUACCCAUCCAUCCAACCCCCCCACACCUCUCGAACCAGCAGGCAACCACCACUCAUAAGCCAUCCUCCCAACCCUCCACACUCAGAACCAGCAGACAACCACCGCCUCACCCCAAUCCUCCCACCUCCACAUACACUCAGAAACCAGCAGACAACCACCACUACCCCCCAUCCUCUCCACACUCAGACCAGCAGGCAACCACCACCCUACUACCUCCCACUUCCAACCCUCCCACAUCAGAACCAGCAGACAACCACGCCUACCCCCAUCUCCCACUCCCACACUCAAAAAACCAGCAGACAACACCACCUACCCCCAUCCUCCACACUCAGAACCAGCAGGCAACACCACUACUCCCAUCCUCACCCUCCCACACUCAGAAACAAGCAGACAACCACCAGCUCACCCCCAUCUCCCACCUCCCACACUCAGCAACCAGCGACAACCACCACCUACCCCCCAUCCUCCCACCCUCACACCACUCAGACACCAGCAGACAACCACCAUCUACCCCCCAUCUCCCACCCUCACACACUCAGAACCAGCAGACACCACCACCUACCCCAUCCUCCACCCUCCACACUCAGAACAGCAGACACCACCACCUACCCCCAUCUCCCACCCUCCCCACUCAGAACAGCAGACAACCACCACCUACCCCAUCCUCGCACCCUCCACACUCAGAACCAGCAAGUCACCAGCCACCUGGUGGUCCGUGUUCUUGCUGA